AUGGAAACGAUGAAUUCUUCUUCAUGGAAAAACGCCAAGCUGACGCGGACCGAAACCGAAGAACGUCGAAGACUAUGGUGGGCAGUCAUCAUUUUGGAUCGAUGUACCCACGCAGGAUUUCGCUUCCGGCCGUUGGCCAUUCCCUCCAUUGCCUUUGACGAGAUCAUUCCAGCUUCACACGACGACUGGGACAAUGGCGAGCUCGCAGUCAACCCCCUGCUCGUUAUGAGCAUUGAGUCAGAAACCCUGGUAUCACCAUACGCAAGAGCUUGUCAAGCCGCACACCUCCUAGGUAGAGUAUGCCAGCAUUUCAACGACCAUACCAACGCUGAAGACUGCGAUAUUCACUUUCGCGAAGCAGUGCAGAUCCUACGGGCUGAGAAAGCGCUCAAUGUGCUCGUGCAACAAGAUGCUUUGAACAACUCUCAGACCCUUCGCUUGGUGUCUGCUCGAGCUCUGUGUAUCUCCGCCCUGCUACUCUUGACAGAUGUGCACUCCUGCAUUGAAGUCGAUCAUGUUGAGGCGGGCGGUGGUAAUCGAGGUCUACGGCUCGAGCUACAGCAAAUGGCGAUAGACGAAGCCAAGGCUACAGCAUCGGAGACAGUCAGCUUCGCCGAAGAGCUGGAAGCACACAUCACGAUGCAUGGUGUCGCAUCUGUGGGUCCAUUAGUCUUAAACUGCCUCUACCCCGCCGCUGCUACGUUUGCGUGGUAUCAUCGAGAAACUGGCAGCGAGGCGCAUUAUCUGAAGUUAUUGAAGCUUAGACAUGUGCUGGGGCUGUUGAAGGAGCAGUGGCCUGCCCGCAGCGACUACCUCGAUUUGCUCGAGGGCACGGGAUUCACCUACACCGGAGCGGCGUUUCAAUAG